AGAGCCACAAUGUUGACGAGGCUUUUCAGUGACCCCUCGCUGCUCCCCGACGUGCAGAAAUACUCCGGCUGGGCGGAGGACAGCGAGGGCGAGGACUCCAAGAUCAAAGAUGAGGAUCACGACCCCCAGGACGACAUGGAGGCCUCUGAGCUGAGAGGAUGCAGCCGGACGAACUCCGAACACGCCGGGGAUGACGACGAGGACGACGAGUUGGAGGAGGAGGACGACGGAGAGGACACAGAGGGGGAAAGACCCAAGAAAAGGGGCCCCAAGAAACGCAAAAUGACCCAGGCCCGGAUCGAGCGCUCCAAGCUGCGACGGAUAAAGGCCAACGCUCGAGAGCGGACCCGCAUGCACGACCUGAACUCUGCGCUCGACAAUCUGCGUAAAGUUGUGCCCUGCUACUCCAAAACGCAAAAACUCUCCAAAAUCGAGACGCUUAGGUUGGCCAAAAACUAUAUCUGGGCCCUGUCAGAGAUAUUGCGCUCUGGAAAAAGGCCCGACCUCGUGUCCUACGUGCAGACGCUGUGCAAGGGACUCUCCCAGCCCACGACCAACCUAGUGGCAGGGUGCCUGCAGCUGAACUCCCGUAACUUCCUGACCGAGCAGCAGUGUCAGGACGGGGCCAGGUACGGGUCCGGCUCCUUCUCCAUGCAUUCCUACCCCUACCAGUGUGCGCGACUGUCCAGCCCCCACUGCCAGCCGGGCUCGAACUCGCAUCCGCUGAGGACGCACGGCUACUGCUCGGCUUACGACUCCCUGUACGGCGGGAGCGGGUCCCCGGAGUAUAACAGCCCCGAGUAUGAGGGGCCCCUCAGCCCGCCCCUGUGCAUCAAUGGCAACUUUUCCCUGAAGCACCAAGGCUCCGCGUCCCCCGACAACGAGAAGGGGUACCACUACUCUAUGCAUUACUCCGGCCUGCCUGGCUCCAGACCCACCGGGGCCCACAACCUGGUGUUCGGCUCUUCUGGGGCCCGGAGCGGCAUUCACUCUGAAAACGUCCUGCCUUACCACGACAUGCACUUACACCACGAACGGGCCCCCGUGUACGAUGAACUGAACGCGUUUUUUCACAAUUAA